AUGAUCGCCUCCCACACGGCCGCGCUAUACACCGCAGUCCACCGAGCCCUCACCGCCGACCUGCCAGAGCUGCUCCGCCUCGCCGCCGAUGCCCUUGCCACGGUGCCAGCACCGCCUGACCUCGCCGGAUGGUCCGAGCUAACACGGGAGGAGCUCUUUCGUCUUGCGCCCGUCUGCGGCUCCCUCGUCGUCCUCUUGUUUGGACUCCCUGCCUGUGUGCUGUGCGAGCCGCGAAUUGGCAGGACCGGCGAAUACUGGCUCACCCGCGUCGCCCUGCUCCGCGGCAUCGGCCUUCUUUACGUCUUCGCCUUUGCUUCGAGCGCGAUGCAAGGACGGGCGCUGUUCGGUGCGAGAGGGCUCUUCGCACCCGCGACCGGCUCUUCGGGACCAACGCCGGCCCUGGACCUGCUUGCCGCCGCCGGCGUGGGCUCAGCCGACGCGCGCGUCGAGCUCGCCUCCCUGUGUGGGCUGCUGCUCUCUCUCCUCCUCGCCUUCGGAGGGCCUCGCUUCGCGCUGUGGGCGCCGCUGCCCGCCAGCCUCUGGCUUCUGCACCUCUCCCUCGUCAACAACGCCUCGCGCCUCCUCCCGGCCCACAGCUGGGACUGGUGCGCGCUGAUGCAACUCGAGACGACGACCGGGGCGGUGCGGCGGAUCAGCUGGCUCACCGCUUCGCCGACGCCACGCAGCUCGGAGGCGGCGGCAGACCGCUCGUGCGCGGGAAGCGACGCGUUGCGUGCGCGCGCCCUCAGUGCCACCACCUCCGGGUGUCACGCGGCGCGAGCGCGGUCUCGCUUCGACGUCAGCACGGUGCGCGGCGAGGGCUUCUCAGCGCGCGUCCGAGAGCCCACGGCGGCGCACAGCGAGAUUUGCUUCGAAGUUGGCGAGCACCUCGACGUUCGUCCCGCUGCUAAACCAGGAAAAAGGAAAAAAGUCGCGCCAAACGACCGGCGGCGGGCCAUGAGCGACAGCGGCUACGGCACGAGAGACCGGAAGAAGGUCAACUCCAAGCUCAAGAAGGAGGGCCUGGUCGGGCUCGGGUCCAUCGUAACUCUCGAGCGGUACGACUGGAUCCACCAUCAGAAUGCGUACGCGGCCGUCGUCAGCGAACUCGAGACCGACCGCGCGCAGGCGAGCGGGGUCGAGGCGUGGUUUCCUCGGGUCCAGCGGGCUGAAGACGGGCUGACGCGCGAAAACCGCGAGCCGGCACUCGACAAGGGCGGCCUGCUGCGGGCUAUUUCGGACCGCCACCUCCCCGCCCUCUUCUCCGCCGAUCUCAGCACCACCACCGGCAAGGGGCGGUGGGAGGCGACACUCGGGCCGUUGCCAUGCGACAUGCCGGCGGUGAAGAACGAGGCGGGCAGGAAAGACGCGACCCUCAAGCGCCUCGAGCUGCUCCGCACCUCGGAGCGCACUUGCAUCGUCCUCUUGCAGGGCGCCGACGCUCCCAACGGCUGCGGAACCCGGCUGGCGGCCGUGCCCGGCGGGGGGGCGGCGUCGCUCGGCGUGUGGAAUGCCGAGGAGUACCUCGCCGGCAUCGUCGCGGCCACGGGCCUCUCCGAGGAGCAAGUCUUCUGCACGUGGACCCUCGCUGCCGACCGGCCGGGCUGCGACUUUGGCGUGCUGCUCCGCCUGGCGCGGCGCAGCGGCAAGGACGUCGAGUACACCGACUUCUCCGACUCGGGCUGCUUCCCCAAGAAUUCCGUUUUCGCGUCGCGGGAGGUCACGGUCUCCGUUGGCGAGCAGCUCUCCGACCUCUUCAGCUCCAUCAAGGACCGCGACGAGGCGGUCGAGUGCGUCGUCGGCUGGCGGGACCUCAACGGCUUCCUCGUGCAGGAGGUGCUGUCCUUGAGCAAGCGCGACUUUGAGUCGCCGCCUUCACACCAGAGGGCGAUCGGCUCGCGUGACGCGAAUGGCUGCGUCGAGUACCUCAAGCUGCCGCUGCCCAGCCUGUGCGCCCGCCUCUUUUGGCAGAUCAAGAAGGCGGGCGUGCCGCCUGUCGCGCCCGAGCAGCUCAGCCGAGACCCACGGGCCGUCGGCGCUUCGUCGCUGUGGAAGACGGUGCGCUGCGUCAGCAAGGCGAUCCCGCGGCUCCUUUGCCCGCCCGACCAGAUCUGCGGCACCGGCGCCAACGGCCUCGGCUGGGCGUGCAAGCCGUUCGGCUCCGGCACCAUCUUCUCGUUUACACCCUCGCGAGCCACCUUCCUCGGGCUCGUCGUGGAGCGGAUCCUCGGCGACGCGCUCGUCGAGGGUGUCGUCGGCACGAUCAUGCCCUACCUGGUCGCCGAGCCCUCCUCCCUCCGCUCCGGCGUCGCCGCCCUGCUCGACUCGCCGCUGCUGCACGAGGGCACGGCGCUUGCCGACUUCCUGGUUCAUGGAUCGUGGGAGAACAACUCGCAGUCCGCGGACAACUUUGUCUCAGGCGUGCGGCGCCACUUCAAGCCCAUCCUCGACUCCGCCCUCGCCGAGAACCUGCUCGCGCUCGUACACAGCGCCGCGCCGGGCGUCGAGUCUCUCGUCCACCCGGACGUGCGGGCGACCGAGGCCCUCCUCUCCUUUUCUUGGAUGGGGCAGGGCGUCGGGCUGGAGCACCACCUCGCAUGGCACGCCACGCCUCUGGCGCUCAAGCGCGACGAGCUGAAAUCGUUUGUGCGCUCCAACGCCGGCGCUCUCGCCCCGCUCCUCGACGGCAAGCUGGUGAACGAUUGGAUCACCGGCCUCGGCUUCCGCGAGGCGCGCAGUGCGGUUGUCGCCCACGCCAAGGCCCAUCCUCUCUCGUUGCAGCUGCCCGAUGUGCCGGCGGCUCGGUCGUUGCCGCGGUCGGCGGCACGGUGCGGCUCGAGCUCGCGCGCGCCGCCGCCUCGUGCGUCGGACGGCCAGACUGGCCGCCGCGCGGGCAGCAAGCAGGCGGCCAAGCGGCGGCUCAGCUCCUCCCCCCCCCGAAAGGGCGGCGGUGAGUCCGAUUUUGAGCAGGCAACCUGAGGUGCUUGCCACCAGGUGCACCUGUCAUGUCGCAGUACAGUUGCAUGUCACUACAGUAGUCGCCGAGAUUUGAACUCUCACUGACUCUCUCUUUUCGGUGUCGGCGCAUGUGAGGCGCAUGUCUCUGAGUCUCUCGCUGUUCGUGAGCGGUGAGCAGAGCGUGUCCAAUGUCUGUGUCCUUGAGUGUGACGCCCGUUUCUUGUCGCCUUAUUACUGCUGCUGCUGC